GAGACAAGAUGUUAGACUAAAGGAACUAAAAGAAAAGGAUCAAGAGUCACUGCAACAUACAGAGGUUAUUUCUUAUAAUAUACUUAAAGAAGCUGAAUGUAGACUAAGUGAUGCUAUCAGUAGCAAAGAGAAGGAAACAAUUGAAUUAAAGCAAGAUCUAUCAGUGAUGGCAUUACUUGAGGAAGAGUCAUUGUCUGUUCAAAGUGAUACUGAAUCAAUUAAAGAAGUUAAAAAAGAACAAUUUGAUAAAGAAUUGACUGUAUUAAGCUCUCAGUUUAAUGAGAUUGAAGAAGAAAACAAAGAGAUGUCCAACAAAUUAUCAAAAAUGAAGGUUGAUUAUUUGAGAUCACUUUCUAGUAAUCCUGAUUCAGCUGCUAGCAAAGUGAGAAGAGGAAUGUCUCUUGAAAUUGAUGACUGCAAAUGCUGUCUUGAAGCAAUGACAAGACCAGACUAUCAGCCAUUAGUAGAUAAUAAAAGAAUAAUAGAGAAAUUACAAGAAAAAAUAACAUUAAUGAAUAUGGAACUAAUUACUGCAAAGAAGCACAAUAAAAAGAUCAUGAAAGAGAUUGAAGAUUUUGACGAUGAUGAGUCUGAAGUUGAAGAUGACGAUUCUGAAGUUGAAGAGAUUGAGUAUGAUAGUCUAAGUGAUGAAGAGGAUCAAAUGUGUACAUUCUUAUUAUAUUGUAAUCAUCCUGUUACUGGUCAAUUAACUAGUAAAUCGUUUCAAGUACAUAAAGAUGAAUUACUACCCACAGUACUGGAUACAGCUUAUGAGUUAAUGGAAUUAGCUCCUCAUAUUCCUAUUGAGAGAUGUUGUUUAGUUAAAUAUAAUUUUAUUAAGGAUGUAAUGGAACAGUCCUUUGAUCUUGAUAAGUUUCAGGAUCAAACUAUAGGAAAGCUUAUGGGUGUGGCUGGAUAUUGUGGAUUAUUCCUAGAAACUUGUAGAGAUAUUGAGACCUUUAAGAAAUACAAUAUUGGAGGUAUUAAUCUAGAGAUAUCAGUGGUUGAUCUGUCAACUGGUGAAGUAGGACCAGCUAAACCAAUGAGAGGUGAUGGAGGUUGGACUGUUGGAGAAUUAAAACAACAUAUAGGAGAAUCAUUUAAUCUCAUUUCAUCAUCUAUGAGAUUACUAAUACUUGAUAGAACUCCCUCAGCCUGUGAUGUUAUACAUUUAGAAGAUGUUAAAAGUUCUUUAAAGGAAGUGCUCUUUAAAGAAGAUGUAUUCAGUUCACACAAACUACACAGAGAGCAACUUGUAGUACCAACAAUAUACAUGUAUGUAUCAUCAGAUCCUAUAGAUUAUCGAAAAGAAUAUAAAGAUAGUUUGAUGUACAGAUAUGUUGAUUUUGACUUGAACUCAAUAAUACUAUUGGACAUUACACUACCUCAUUCUCAACCUGAAGCUACUCUCAGUACAGCUAAUGUAACUGAAGGAAGAAUAAUAAUGAAAAUUAUAUCAAUGAAUGAAGAAAAUAAAAGAAAGAUGCAGGUACAAGUUGAUAAGAGAAUAACAUUAGCUGAAUUGAAGGAGGAGCUAGUUCCACUGAUUGGUGUACCACCUACUGGUUUUAGAAUGUAUAGAAUCAGUGAGUAUGGAGAAUAUGAAAUGACUGGUCUGGAUAAAGCAUUGAUAAAUAUCUUAUCUGGAUCAAAAAUCACAGUAAGACUGGGUAGAGCAUUAGGAAAAGGAGAGUACAUUUUUAAAUUAUAUUUAUUACAACUUAACAAUACAUACUUUUGUAAGUAUAUGAUGGAGUCUAUUUAUGCUAAGGGUACACCAGUGAGAGAAUUUAAGAAACAAAUUAUUGAAGAAGCAAAAGUACAAGGAAUUGACUGUGUCCUUGAACUAGACAAAAUGAGAUUGCGGAAGAAGAGUGAAGUGUACCCUGGUAGAGUAUAUCUUGAUCAUCAGACGAUUGAUACUAUUAAGGAAACAUAUUAUGUGGAACCAUUGAAAGGACCAGAGAAGAUGAAGCAUCAUACACAGAGACAGGUGUAUGUUAUAAGAUGGCAUCCAUCACAUUUUUAUGUUGAUCCAAUAGAAGAAAUUAUACUGGAUAAAGAUAAUAAUGAUCCUAAGCAUGUUAUUGAAAAGCUGUCAGAGUUAAGUGGAGUACCUGCUGAGUAUAUCUAUUUUGCAAAGAGCGAAUCAUUUCCAGUUGAGAUGUCAUGUCUUAAUAUUGAGAAUAAGUUGAAAUGGUAUUCCAUCACUUCAGACACAUACUCAAAACUAUAUAGUGAUGGACGUGUCAUAUAUUACAAAGACAAUAGAGAGACAAUGAAAAAGUUAACAUAUAAAGAGAGAUCAGAAAUACAAGAGGCAGAGGAAGCAAGGUUACAGAAAAUUAGGGAAUACAAAUAUCAAUAUGGAACGUAUUGCUUGGAUUAAUUUUUAAUUUUAAAGUAUUUUUAAUCUUGAUUUUUUAAAAUUAAUGCUACUUUUAAAAUAAUUUUCAAAUGCAUUUUAAUUUUGUGUAGUUUGUUUAAUGUCUCCAUUUCACUUAUUAUUGUUAUUAUUAUUGAGAAUUUUACAAUGCACUAGACUUUACACAA